GAUUCCAUGUUCCAAAUGAAUCGUUCUAAGCUCGGCAUGGUACCUAUUAUCAGGAGGAAUUGAUCUGUUGGUUCAAUCUAUGCACCAGAAUGUCUGGAGUGAAGUCAGUAAUUGGUCAAGCUCCUGGAGAUGGGCUACCAGUUCAAAGGAUCAUAUCAGAAUUGAAGAAAAUUACCAAUCAUGUGGAGGAAAAAUCCGGAGCUAAUGGCAGUUCUUCAAGCAGAAAAUCAAAUGCAACUUCAUUAAAAAUGUUAUUAGAAAAAGAGAUGGCAAAAGAAGUGGAGUCAAAAAGGAAACCUCCAAGUGUCAUUGGCAGGCUAAUGGGUCUUGAGGAGGAUUUACCUACUGAAAAACCAAUUGUAUGCCAUACCAAAGUCGACUUGACUAGAGAUUUAAAUGCAUCAAACAAGACCUUACAUGGGAAAGAACACCAUCAGUCAAUAAGAUUGAAGACACAAGAUCACCAAUCAAUUGAUGAAACGAUUGGAUAUAAUGAUGUUUAUGAAGUAUCUGAACAACAAUCAGGAACAAGCUAUUUUCAAGAUCAAACUUCACUGAAAGGAUGGCCUUCUGAGAACAAGAGUAAGCAAUUCGAUAUUGUGCAAGAGAAGUUCAUUAAACCAAAAUGCUUUGCCAUGGAAGAGAAGCUCCUUCACACAAAGGAGUUACAAGAAGUUCUUGAAGUUCCAUAUUCAAAUAAAGAUUUAUUUCUUGAAACUCCUCAAGAACAUAGCUCCUCUUUCUCAAGACAGCUGAGUGGGCUUCAUACUAACCAAGCACCGCCUCAGACAAAACGCAUUACAGUGCUAAAGCCAAUUAAAUCUGUUGAGAUUAAUAGCAUAAGGCAAUCAAGAACAGAACAAGUUAGUAAACAAAAUGUGUUGAAUGUGAGAAAGUUCCAUCAGAUUCCUAGUCCAAAGGAAGAAAUAUCCUCCCAGCCAAGUAGAAUAGUACUUUUGAGGCCUACCCCAGGGAAGCCUAGUACAUCAAAGGCAAAACUGACCUCCAGGGAAAAUUCAUUUCGGUUAACUAACCGAAAUAGUCUCAAUGGAUCAAUAGAUUAUAGCCAGGCAACUGUAGGAUCUUCAGGGGUAGUUCAUGAUAUCAUGCAGCGCCGGCAAGAUGGCUGUCAUCAAAGGGAUGAUUCUUUACUAUCUUCUGCAUACUCAAAUGGAUAUGGGGGAGAUGAAAGCUCAUUCAGUGAUUCAGAAGUUGAUUAUAGCAGUGGUUCUGAAAUGGACUGUAUUGAAGAUGGUGGUACCCUCAGUGAUUCAGAAGGAGGUAGUCCCUUGUCAAAACAUUCAUGGAAUUACAGAGGAUAUGAAGGUCCAUACUCGAGCUCAUCUUUGAGCAAGAUCUCCCACUUUUCUGAGUCAUCAGUAAUCAGGGAAGCUAAGAAACAGCUUUCAGAGCGAUGGGCAGUGGUGACCUGUGAUGACAUCAGUCACGAGCAAGUUCAGUCAUCGAGGAGAACAUACACCUUAGGUGAAAUGCUCUCCAUCAAAGAAGCGAAGAAAGAAGAUGUCAGCACUGAGAUACUUUCUGCUUCUAGCAACCGGUCAUGUAUCUUGGAUAAUGAAUUGACGACAGUAACUUCUUCCAGAAGGAAUGGUGAAAAUGGGGAGAGAUCUCCUAGGAAGCUGCCAAGGUCGAAUUCUGUUCCAGUGAUUUCGUCCACAUUUGGUAGCAUGGUGGUGGAUGCGCAAGCUUCAAAUCCUGACAGUCACAAACUUAAAAUGGUGGUUGUGUCCAAUAAAGGAAAAUCAUCUUUGAAGGGAAGAGUUUCAGAUUUUUUCUUGUCUAGAAGUAAAAAGCCAACAAGGCAGAGAAGCACUUAUCAUCCAUCUGAUUGCGUUGCUGAUAGGCUUGAAGCUUGUAUGGUUCGGAGUAGACCGGAUUACAAUCAUAAUCUGGAUGCCAAUGGAAAAGCAGUGGAUUGUGAGGACAGGAUUGAUAGUUUUUCCACACAAAUAUCAACCAGCAUGUCAGAGAGAUCUUCAAUUAGUGCAACUAUAUCAUUGGACUGUUCAAGAGGAAGCCUGGAUAAACUAGGAGUAAAUAAAGGCCUAAAUAGUAACCGUGAUCAACCCAGCCCUACCUCAGUUCUUGAUGCACCCUCUGAAGAUAGCAGUUGUAAUGAACCCGAAACAUCUGGAAGAACUUCCAAGAAUACAAGUAAGACUAUUUUUCCAUAUCAUAGUUCUCCAUUACUCAAUCUGGUUUGUGUAAUGAUUACUUCUGCUGACAUGUCCUCUGAAGCAGUAUCAAGAUCUUCAGCAAUUGAGACUGUUGCCCGUUUCUUAUCGUGGGACGACUCCGCCUCAGAAUCACAGUUACUUUGCACCCCAAGGACUACCUCGCUUAUGUCUGAUGUAGAUGAUGAUGAGUCAGAAUGCCAUGUCCUUGUGCAAAAUAUAAUGUCAUCUGCAGGAUUGGGCAGUUCACAAUCAAGUAUGGUUUUCACUGGCUGGCAUUUACCUGAUUACCCUCGUGACCCGGUGCUGUGCAACAAAGUAUCAGAGUUGCAGGAGAAAAGUUCAUACCGAAGACUUCUUUUCGACUGUGUCAACAUUGCUCUAAUCGAAAUUGGCGAGAACGCCUUACUAAGCUCAUUCCCUUGGAGUAAAAGGCACGCUAGAACAUGGAGAAACACCUCAUCUCCUGAUUUGGGGGUAGAGGUCUGGAGUAUCCUAAAGGACUGGAUUUACGGGGCACGGAUGUUUGUGGUGAGCAGGAGAGACAAUGCUGGGAUCGUGCUGGACAGAAUCGUGAAGCAAGAGGUUGAGGGAAGAGGCUGGGUGAAUUCGUUGAUGUUGCAGGUGGUUGAUAUCACUGAACAUCUCGAAGGGGGAGUGAUGGAGGAGCUGGUGGAAGAAGCUGUGCUAGAUUUCGCAGUUUGCUCUCAACGAUGAGGCGUUGUUUGUAACUGAUAAAAUUUUCCAGGAAACAGCUGGCCUGUGCAUUCCCUUUGUUUUGACAGCUGCUCCUUGGAUCGUUCAUCGUUGUAUCCUCCUGCUUCUAUUCCUGGCCGGUUCUUCUUGUAUUGUGAAAGUUUUGUAACAUUUCAGUUGAUGAAAACAUGGUAAUUAUGCAGUUCAGGGAAAGUUUUGUAGGGAAAAUGAAGUGA